GUUCAAAGGGAAAAGUCCAACAUCAGUCUGUCAUGGUGGUUUUUGCAUGAGUUAGGUGUAUGUGUGACUCAGAUUGUAAAAAAAACCCGACAAAAAUAGUGCAUUUCAGCUGGUGACGAUUUAUUUUCAGUAUCAUUUGUACUGGUUUUGUAUCUGAAAUACAUUUGGAAGAGAAGUCUUUAUCGUUUUCUUUCCAGUUCAGUGGUGUGAUUGUGCAGCGAUGUCAGACCCUUGUGGUGGGGAUCCCUUGCCCCCAGGGGUGUCUCGGCCUGCGCUGCCCGGAAGGAGACUCCCUGCCCCUGUUGUGACGGGACGCCUGCCCUCCAUGCGUUCUCGCGACCUCACCCUGGGGGGUGUGAAGAAGAAAACUUUCACCCCCAAUAUCAUCAGCCGCAAAGCCAAGGAAGAGCAGAAGGUGGAGGGCCACCAGAAGAAGGAGAGGAAGGAGAGAGAGAGGGAUCGUCAGCGGGAUGGGCGAGGAAGGGGUCGGGGACGCCCUGAGAUCAUUCAGUCCCACUCCAUUUUUGAGCAAGGCCCUGCCGAGAUGAUGAUGAAAAAGAGGGGUGGUUGGGAGAAUGAGAGGGACACCCCCACCGUGGGCCCCUCACCCAUCAUCAACAUCAAGAAGGAGAAGAGAGAAACAGAGGAGGAGACCAAAGAGAUACUGCGCAUGCUGGAGCGAGACAAUUUUCUGGACGACCCUCGGCUGUGCAGUGACCUGCGCAGCUGUCCAGUCCAGCUGCCUCUGGCCAUCUCAGGCUGGGUCUUCAAGGAGGAGUCCAACGAGGAGAACCUAAAAGGAAGCAUCAAAUCAGAGGGGCUGAAGACAGAAGAAGAGAGCAUGGAACUGGACACCGUGCCCACCGUGAAAGUCAAGCAGGAGCCUAUGGAUGUUCCUGUGAUUAAGAAGGUGGAACCAUCCUCCAGGCCUCCAUCAAUGCCAGAGGAAGAGUCCCUGAAGGAGCUUUUGAUUGGCUGGAGUCAGUCCAAGGGGGAGGAGCUUCUUUUCUUGCAGCUGCCAGACACUCUUCCAGGCCAGCCACCCACUCAGGAGCAGCGGCCAAUCAAGACAGAGGUGCAGACAGAGGAUGGACAAUCAGUUCUUGUAAAGACGGAGAAGAGCCAGGAGGUACAGCUUGCAGAGAACACCUGCUCACUGGCAGACCUGGCGGAGGGGCAGGUGGGGAAACUGUUGGUCAGGAAGUCGGGUCGUGUGCAGCUCGUCCUUGGUCAGAACACGCUGGACAUCUCCCUGGGAACACCUUGCUCCUUCCUGCAGGAGCUGGUGUCAGUAGGAGCAGGGGAUGGGAGGACAGGGGAUUUGACAGUUUUGGGACACAUCACACACAAGCUGGUCUGCUCCCCAGACUUUCACGCGUUACUGGAGAACAGAGCAUGAUGGGAAGGGACUGACGGACAACACAUCCACCACAGUUUGAGGCCGAAGAUGGCCGUACAGAUGUACAGGAUUGCAGAAUCCUGAGAGGUUGAACAGUGUGGUCAAAUGGGUCUCCUAAUGGUGGAUUGGACAGCAAGAAGACUAAGAAUUGUUCCAACAAUGGGAAAAGAGAAGCCACUCAUCAGGAAUGUGAUGCCCUCACUUAUGUAAUGUGUAGUUUUGUAAUCUGGUGGGUUAAGGAAAUUAAUCUUUCUGAAACUCCCAAAACAUUCUUUCACUAGCCAAACACAAGUGGGGGAAAAAGAAAAAGUGCUAGUUGUGGUCUUUGAAACUGCUGUGUAAUUUCUAAAGUGAUAGGUAAAAUUAAAAACUGUAUAAUCAUUUUCCAGACUACUUGAUAGUGUACAGUGUUAACCCUUUAAGAUCUGAGAGAAUCCAGUCAUGGUUACUGAUGUUAGAACCUAAGGACUGUGUGGCAGAGGAGAUGCUUACCAAAUAUUAUCUAUUGAUGGUUGAAGAAGUGCUGUGCUGACAACUUAAAAGGAAUCAUCAUUGUUUUUCUUUCUUAAGCUGUUUAGAAAUUGUUCAGUUUUAAUUUGGCUACCUCAUUUUGACAGUGAGGCACUUUGCUUGCCUGAGUUUGAGUGACUGGAUCUUUGUUUGAAUUUUGGGGUGAUGAAGCUGCUGUUAGUGGUGAUUACCACAGAAAUAUAUCUGUAUACAUAGAACUAGGGUGAGAGAGGGAAACUGUAUAAUGGUUGCCUUAUUCUUCUUCAGAACUCUCAGGUAAGGUUUGCACAGGAAGGUAAAAAUAGUGUUGGUUACAAUCAAUCCAAUAAAGAAACGAUGCAAAUCCUUU